CACCACCACCAUCUCCAUCACCCACCAACAACACCACAAUAAUCCACAGCCAAGGAACCCUGUUUGUCCGUGGUGCUAUGGAAACUAUAAGAGAACUUCUCUCUGCUGUCUAUCACCUAGCCCCUCUGUCACCUCCAGCUGUCUCAGAGACCAUCAUGCAGACUUCAGAGACGGGUUCAGACACAGGUUCGACAGUGACUCUACAGACAUCUGUGGCUAGCCAAGCAGCGGUGCCUACCCAGGUGGUACAGCAAGUGCCAGUCCAGCAGCAGGUGCAGCAGGUACAGACAGUUCAGCAGGUGCAGCAUGUCUACCCAGCUCAGGUGCAGUAUGUGGAAGGAAGUGACACAGUCUAUACCAAUGGAGCAAUCCGAACAACAACUUAUCCCUAUACAGAAACACAGAUGUACAGCCAAAACACUGGAGGAAAUUACUUUGAUACUCAAGGAAGUUCAGCACAGGUGACAACCGUGGUGUCCUCCCACAGUAUGGUGGGUACUGGUGGUAUUCAGAUGGGCGUCACAGGAGGACAGCUUAUCAGCAGCUCCGGAGGAACCUAUCUGAUUGGCAAUUCAAUGGAGAAUUCUGGUCACUCAGUGACACACACAACUCGGGCCUCCCCAGCGACAAUUGAAAUGGCGAUUGAGACGCUGCAAAAGUCUGACGGUCUGUCCACUCACAGAAGCUCUCUUCUCAACAGCCAUCUCCAGUGGCUGUUGGACAACUAUGAGACAGCGGAAGGAGUGAGCCUUCCGAGAAGCACUCUAUACAAUCACUAUCUUCGACACUGUCAGGAACACAAACUGGACCCAGUCAACGCUGCCUCGUUUGGAAAACUAAUAAGGUCCAUCUUUAUGGGGCUACGAACUAGGAGAUUAGGAACUAGAGGAAACUCCAAGUACCAUUACUAUGGGAUUCGUGUGAAGCCAGAUUCUCCUCUUAAUCGUCUACAAGAAGAUAUGCAGUAUAUGGCCAUGAGACAACAACCCAUGCAACAGAAGCAGAGGUACAAGCCUAUGCAGAAAGUGGAUGGGGUUGCAGAUGGUUUCACAGGAAGUGGCCAACAGACAGGCACAUCUGUUGAGCAAACUGUAAUUGCCCAAAGUCAACAUCAUCAACAGUUUUUAGAUGCAUCUCGAGCACUUCCAGAGUUUGGAGAAGUUGAAAUCUCUUCUCUGCCAGAUGGAACUACCUUUGAGGAUAUCAAGUCACUGCAGAGUCUUUAUCGAGAGCACUGUGAGGCAAUAUUGGACGUUGUUGUGAAUCUUCAGUUUAGCCUGAUAGAAAAAUUAUGGCAAACGUUCUGGCGCUACUCUCCCUCUACUCCAACUGACGGCACUACCAUUACUGAAUCAAGCAAUCUGAGUGAAAUAGAAAGUCGACUUCCGAAAGCAAAGCUGAUAACUCUGUGCAAACAUGAGUCUAUCCUGAAAUGGAUGUGUAACUGUGACCAUGGGAUGUACCAGGCUUUGGUGGAGAUUCUCAUCCCCGACGUCCUUAGACCCAUUCCUAGUGCCUUGACCCAAGCCAUUCGAAAUUUUGCAAAAAGCCUUGAAGGUUGGCUUUCAAAUGCCAUGAACAAUAUUCCACAGAGAAUGAUACAAACCAAGGUUGCCGCUGUAAGUGCCUUUGCCCAGACUCUGCGAAGAUACACAUCGCUCAAUCACCUGGCCCAGGCAGCCCGUGCUGUGCUUCAGAACACUUCUCAGAUCAACCAGAUGCUCAGCGACCUCAAUCGCGUUGACUUUGCCAAUGUCCAGGAGCAGGCUUCCUGGGUGUGCCAGUGUGACGACAACAUGGUUCAGAGACUGGAAACAGACUUCAAGAUGACGCUUCAGCAGCAGAGCACACUGGAGCAGUGGGCGGCAUGGCUGGACAAUGUGAUGAUGCAGGCGCUGAAGCCCUAUGAAGGAAGACCCAGCUUCCCAAAGGCCGCCAGGCAGUUUCUGCUCAAAUGGUCUUUCUACAGCUCAAUGGUAAUUCGAGACUUAACCUUACGCAGUGCUGCUAGCUUUGGCUCCUUUCACCUGAUCCGGCUACUCUAUGAUGAGUACAUGUUCUACUUGGUAGAGCAUCGUGUGGCUCAAGCAACAGGAGAGACACCAAUAGCAGUGAUGGGCGAGUUUGGUGAUUUAAAUGCUGUGUCUCCUGGAAAUCUGGAUAAAGAUGAAGGCAGUGAAGUAGAAAGCGAGAUGGAUGAAGACCUGGAUGAUUCUUCAGAGCCUCAGGCCAAAAGAGAGAAAACCGAGCUGAGCCAGGCGUUCCCAGUGGGCUGCAUGCAGCCAGUCCUGGAGAGUAGUGUGCAGCCCAGCCUCCUGAGCCCCGUGCACAGCGAGCACAUCGUCACGAGCACGCAGACGAUCCGGCAGUGCAGCGCCACGGGCAACACCUACACAGCAGUCUAACAGCACGAAACAGUGUCUCCAGCUUACUUUACCCUGGGCUUAAGCUGAAAUUUUAUCAAGCCUAAAGGUUGACUGUUGUCAAAAGUCUGUCUGUGCUGAACAUUACCUUUUUGGAGUUGUGAAAUGGAAUGGGUGUAUGUGUUUUUCCAGGUUUUUUUUUUUAACACAAAUUAUUUGCCUUUUAAUAAUAGGAGUUUCUCCCCACUCCCCCUUAGUUUCAGGUGUCAAGAAGGAUUUUUACAACACGUAAUGUCAUUGUUUUUGUUUUCUCAUACUUAAAAAGUAAUUUACAUUUUGUAGCUUAAAAAUAUUUUAUUGUUGAUUGUUAGUCUUGGUGUAUGAUUUUAUGUGUAAGUUUUUUAAUUAGAUGCACUUCUGUGAAAUAUCAAAAGAAAUGAAUUUCUUUGAUUUACACUGGAGGCAUGCCCAUUUGGCAGCAGAUGCAUCAAAUUUGCUUCUGGAAGGUGCUUUUCAUUGGACAGAACCAUAAGACACUAUUUUGAUAACAUUUUGGAGUAUGGAGAGAACACAGAGCGUUUUUAUUAUAAUGAUAGAGGGUUGGGAAGGUCAUCUAUUUUUCUCUGAAAAAAAAAUUGAGCUGUGCAUUUAUCAGUUCAGGGUAAAUGACAAAAUGGCAAGAGAUUAUGCUAAUAUGUACAUAAUUUGUGUACAUAACUAUUAAACCAUGUUAACAAUGCAAGCUUCCGUUAGACAUUGACUUUUAACUAUUAUUUACAUACCAAUUCCUCUGUUUAAAGACUACUGAUUCUGUAUUGGGACCACUGCACAGAUGCAUUCUGCUGUUAAGUGGGGCUGUUAUAGUUAGAUACUGAAGCUGAAAAAUGACUUGACUUUUUUUUUUUAAGUGUACAUGCUACUUAUACUGAGCUGGACAUACAGGAAACUAUUCCAUUUGGAUGACUUUCUUUUAUUCCAGGUCUUUUUUCUAAUAGUAGUUCAAUAUGCUGCUAUUAUAAAAAAAAUGUAUAGAAUGCAAGGAAUGUAGCGACCUGCAUAUUGUUAUUUCCUGGUUUCUAAAGUACAUGGAUUUAAAUUUUACACAGAACCUGAAGGCAGUGUGACUGGCACACCUCACUGUUGCUGACCCCGAUUCUGUAGGAUUUGGAUAGGUGGCUGGAUGGACCAUUGCCAUUGAAGAAUGUACAUCAGGGAUCAUCGUACCUCGGCUAUUACAUGGUGCCUUAAAACAGAACUGAGCUAAGGUUUAGUAAGGUUUAUUUUGUUCGCGAAUAACUCUUCAACCCAUUUGGUAAAGUGUGCCUGUCGUGCUCAGACUCCUGAAGUAAGGACAGGCCGCAUGUUCUUCAAGGGGAAUUGAGGGGAAAAUGAAGCAACACAAAGAGACAAAAACUUCAGUUUCUCUCUGAGUGAUUGGGAGUGGACUUGUCUAUGUUUUAUCCUUGGAGCUGAAUAUCACUUGAUUAUAAAUCAGAUUGCUAAGGGUGUGGACUAACAGGCUAGUUUUCAUACAAAUAUGUUACAUAAAGGUCAUAUGUUGUAGACUAUUCUUAUCUAGUCACAAUUCUGGAAAGCUAACAGAAUGGGCAGGUACUUAUUGAAGUGCAUCUUUUCAGUCUACAUGUCUGUCUGUGUGUCUGUGUGUCUCUGUAUACACAUGCACACAUGCGCACACACAUGCGCACGCACUCACUCAUGCAUGCACGCACACACUUGGAGCAGGAGUCUGCUACAGUCAGAAGGUGAGACCCUAAAGAGCACAGGCUCAUCUUGUUUUAUUUUGCAUGAAAACCAAGGUUCUUUUCAGAACUCAAAUUAACAACAACAACAAAAUAGGACACAUUCUUUUGUUUAAGUAACUAUAAAAAUAAAUCAGUGAAAGUCAAUAAGUAAGGAAAUCAAUAAAGCCAAAAAAGAAAAGGAAAGCACAAAACAAUGUUUAGAUCACUACUGAGGCCUGUAUUAAAAUGAAGACUUCAUCUUUCCAGUUGAGUUGGGUGAGCAGUGUGGUUAAGGAGAUAAGGCUGCUCCAAUCUGGAAAGUUAAAAAUAACAAAUGGCUUAUCAGGAAACACAGUGUAUUGAAACUGUUUUUGCCUGAUUGUCUCAAACUUCUGAAGAUCAACAGCAUUUCUUACAUUAAAAUGUCAUAAACAUAGUUUUUAGUGGGUUCUGAUUUUGUAUCGAGGAACUUACUCACACCUGUCUUCACUGGCAUCCAAGCAUGAUUUCAUUUACUGAAGAUUCCCAAAGGCAAUGAAUUUGUAAACCCCUCCCCUGCAUCAUAAGCUCCAAAAGACCAUGGAUCUACUUCAUUGUGAGUUAGAGAAUGUUUACACAUAAAAUUUAAAUCAUCAUAUAGCUCUCUUCAUUUUAAUUCUCCUUCCUGAGGUCUUUCCGUUUCCUGUCUCUAACUGUCAUCAACAGAUGGCGUCGUGUCUGUAUUGGACCAAAUGUAUUUACUGGUGUCACUGUGUUUAUUGGUUGAUUUUUUUAAUGUAUUUGUAUCACUGCUUCAUUUAAUUUAAUGUUGGAGAUACUUGUAUCAUGAAAGGAAUCUGCUAACAAUGGAUAGAUAUAGACUCAUCAGAGUGAGGGACUGAGUGGCCCUCCAGAAUUCCACAUUUCUUCCACUUGUUCAUGGUUUAUUCUAAAUUAGGACAGAGUAGAUAUUAAUAAGCCUUGUUAUGAUUGGAAUUGACCCAAAAAUAUUCUGAAAUCUUCUAUAAAUAUUUAGAAACAUUAAUCCUAUUACACUAGUGUAGCUAGUUCUAACCAGUGCACACAACAGAACACCAAUGGCUUAUGACACUUCUAGCUAUUUGUAGUACACACUUGGACACACAUCAAUUUUGGAUUUGAAUUGUGAAAUAUAUUAGACAACAAAACAGUAAUUCAUAUGCAGGCAUAAGCUAGAACAAUCACAUGUGUUGUAGUCGUUUAAGAUUUGUUUCCAUUUUCCAUUCCCAGAAACUGACUUUUCUAAAAAUCUGCAUUACAUUGAGACUUCAUUGUGGACUUACUGACACAAUACAGAUUUUAAGGACUUCUGGUAUUUCUUGACAUUGGAAUCAAAUGAUAGUCCUGAAAUACAUGAGUGCAAAUCAAGUGCUACACUUCUGGUGAGGAAAAGGGAAGGGAGGUGCAUGAGCUAUUGGUACAUUUCAAGAAGAGCUAUCUCCAUGUAAUACAAUCGAAUAUUAUAGGAAUUGUUUAAUAUUAGCAAACACUUGGAGAAUUAUAGCCAAAAGAUUUGCACUUCCAAAACCAGUGAACAGUGAGUGGAAUGGGUGAACCUUCUCCUGGGAACACAGGGCCCAGUUUUUGCUGUUUUAUUUCCUUUGGAUACGAAGUUACUAAGGAUUUGCAUCCAAAUCAUGUCUGGAUUGACUGUGUGAGUCUUACUGCCUUUUCAGAAAUCUGCGUUCCUUUUCGUGAUUUCCCUUGUACUGUAUAGCACGGUUCAUGCACCUCUCUUUAGAUGGUGUACUUUAAAAACAGAGGUAAAAUACACAGAUGGUUUUUGCGCUGCAUACAUAAAGUUAGUAGUGUGCAACAUUAACUGCCUUUGAUUUGUAGUAGAUGUGCAGAAUUGAGCACGUUCUUGCAGAAUGCUGGAGAUGUCAAUCAGGAGUGAGUACUGCUUCCAUGCUGUCCUCAUGGGCCUUUUUACAUGGACACACUCUCUAGAAGUGCUUAAUGCAUUUUCAGUUUUUAAAAGAUUAUUAUUAUUAUUUGAAAUGUCUAAAAUAACGCUGUGCUUGCAACAUCGGUGUAAAAACAACCAAGUGUGUGACUGUGAUGGUCCUCAUUGCGUGGACACAGUAAAAAGUCAAAAGCUUGACUAGUCACAUUUGUACACAAGGUGAGGCAGUGGUUAUCUGUAACAGAUUGACUUUGUCAUAACCUCCCUCUCCCCAAAUUCUUUUGAGCAAAUCAAACCAUCCAGAAAUGAAAAUCAGAACUCUCUGAUCUCUAUGGAUCAUGUCAGAGUAUGGGGGAGGAGGGCUGGCAUGCAGUGUUGUUGAACACGGGGCUGUGACUGGGUCAGAGCAACCUCCAUGUCCACAGUAGAGCAAACCCCUUAACAGAACCCUAGUAUUUCUGCGAGUCUGGUGAUUUUUAUAAGACUGGAAUUGAAGCAUUAAUUCGGUGCUGAGUUCUAGUCUUAGAAAAGCCCUUUGCUGUAAUGCCUUGUAUUAACCCUUUGAGCAUUGUAAGAUAUACAAUGGGGGAUAAAAGCCUUUCAGAUCAUUUAUUUAGACUUAAAAAAGUAAAAUAGCCUCUAUAUCCAAAUGUCUAAUUACACUGUUUUUUAAAGGGGGGGUCAGAAAAGAAAGUGUCUCCAUGCCGAACACUUGCAUUUUAUAUACAACUCUUAAUUUUACUUCAAGAGGGCUUGAUAUAUUUAUUCCCAAAUAUUCACUGCCAUCUAAGUAAGUGUACUGUUUACAGAAGACAAAAAUCAGCUUUUCUAGCAUCAUGUGACUCUCUAGAAAAGGAGGACACAGACAUUGGCCUGUGCAGGCCUAUGUUGUAACUGAUUUCUGCACACUGGAGGUACCUGAUUGCCUUUAAAAGGUAUAAUAAAAUAAAGGGUUACAUUUCUUCUUUUUUCCCAAAACAGAAGAUCUCAUUUAUUUAGCUUUAGAAAGUACAAAUGUAAGUGGAGCCUUAGGAAGAAAUGAGUUCCUUUAACCACAACUGAACUUGGGAUAGUUAGGUCUUUGAAGUUGCAUCUGUCAUAAAAUACUGUUUGGAAAUUCUUACGGGGCAUCAUAGUAUCUGUGCUCCAAUGCGUUAAUACUAAUAAGUCAGAGAGAGACAGAGUGGCGAGCAAGGCAGUCCCUUGCUCUGAGCUCUUCUGUCGGGAGAUGCUGUGACUACUGCUUCAGAUAUCUCUGAAUGUCAUUCUGCGUACAACAUUGCUGAUUUCUCUGAGGGAACUUCUGGACAGUUGAUCUGGUCCUCCCCCGUGUGACAGACCACAGAGCAGUGUUGUCUGCUUAUGUGCCCGCACUGCCCUUGCUGGACACAAAAGGGAGUGUAACCUAUUCCGAUGUCUGCUGACAUCCGUAGCAUAGCGCAAGUGUCCGCACGUUGCUUUUUAGGCAGUUGAGGAAGUCAGACCAUGCAAAUUACUCGUGUGUCAACAUGCAAUCCUCAAAGGGUUUUCCUUUAGCUCUCUUCUUUUGACUCUUCAUGAUGAUUUACUGUAAAUGCUUCUCAGUUUGCAUGCCUUGCCCAUUGCUGCUAGUGAUUUUAUGUGCCAGUAGACCUGAGUUUAGUUUACCAAUUUUACUUAAAUAGUAAAAGCCGCUUACAAAGUGACUGCCUAGGAUCAAUUCUCCUUUUGUUUAAAGGGAUUGGUGAUAUGUCUUCUUAAAAGAAAUAUUUUGUCUCUUUUAUUUGGUUCUAAUAUUUGAAUCUUUUCCCCUUCUUUCCUUUGUUUUCUUUCUUUCUUUUUUUUUUAAAUAAAGUAUGACGUUGGGAUUGGAAGCCCUGAGUAAUGAAAUAUUUGGUAAGAAUCAUUUAUGUAGUUCAGUAAUGAUGAUAACAAAUCUCCGUGAGAAGUUUGAUUUUGGGGAGGAAAGCAAAAAUGAAACUCUGAUUGACUUUUGAUGACCAAGUAAAUUUUCCCGGAGUAAAUUAGCAUUUCUGAGCAAACGAUUGCCUUGUUUUAGCCUACCAUACGCAAUUUUCUCUGAGCCGCUAAGGAAGGUAUUAAAUUCUAUUCGUUUAAAAAGCAUCUUUUGUACCAAAGCAGAUUCUCUUCUCUGCUCAUCUCCGUCAUCGAUUGGGCCUAUGGUGGCGACCAAUGCGUUGGCUCCAGAAACUUAAGUGAGUGCCUUGAGAACACUUGGGAAUUUGUGCCUGAGGUGGGAAACUUUUAAUUAGGUUAAUUGUAGCGCUUACCAAUCAGUGACUCCACUAUCACUCAGGGCUUUCGUACCUUCUAGGUAAAACUUCUUUCGUUGUGGUUUUUUUUUUUAAUACUGUAUUUUUUUUUAAGUGCCAUCAUUUAAACUUCACUUAGUAAGUGGCAGAUUACAUUCUUCAGUCCCACAAGCACACAACAUAGUAACACUAGGAGAUAUUUGAGCAUUUAUUUUACAAUCGACUGAAUAUAUUAUGUAAAUGAGGUAAGCAACUUUUGUAGAGAUUGUAUGUGUGAGAUAAUGUAAUGUUCUUUUCCAGUUUUUGGACUACAGUUGAAUAAACUUUUUAAUUAUUUAAAAACAUCUUUACCGAAUAACAUGUGAUGGUUUUUUGUAUAAUGUAUUUGAUUUUGUAAAUACGUAUUUCCUGAUGUGAUUUUUGUGAGAAACGCUAAAUCUUUUAGUAUACCAUGUCCUCUCAAGAUUGGCAGGAGCUAAAUACUAGUUUGUGGGCAAUUUGUAUUGUAUACUGUACAAUAACUGGGGAGCUUUUAUAAUUAUAAAAAUACAUAUUAACUUUUAGUGUGUUGUUUAAACAAAUGACUGGAACAUACUAAAGAUAUUAGUAGGAUUUUUUCUGAAUAUUUCAGACUUGAACUCAGGCUAGCUUUCUUGUGUUUUUCAAAACAAAAUGGUGUCUUGUCUUUUAAAAAUCAAUAAAUUUGUUUCCUUGUUACAAACAUUUGAAAUGGCUUGUCUUUCCCCCCAAUCAUUGUCAGGAAGCAUAUAUCACACCACCUCCCCUAGAAGGGGCUCCAUGUCAUUCAUUAGCUUAGAAACAAAAUUAAGUUGUUUUCCUUCUUUGUGUCAAAUGAAAUUGGCAAUAUUUACACAUGAACAGCACAAAAAGAGAAAACAAAAUUAUAGGCCCAGCAGGGGACAAAUCUUACUCUCAGAGAAGAUUAGUGAUUGAGUGCUGUUUGAUUUUAGACGCUGUCAGCAU